AGCUGAAACAGUGACAGUGUUUAGCCAUGGCCAGCAGCAGCACACAGGGUGGACGGAGGAAAAUCUCAGAACUGCAACUCAAGAUUGAUGAGCUACAGAACACAAACAAGGGACUGGAGCAACACAUCUUACAUCUCGAGGAAAACCGGGAGGUUGUAAAUAAUCAGGUAGAAGACCUCACUCGGAAAAAUGAACACCUGUGCCUGGAGCUGUCAGAAAUAGACAAGCUAGCUGAGCAGCUGGAGAGAGAUAAGGACAAAGCUCUGACUGUUGCCCUACAAGAACUUGAUGAUUCUAAGAAUGAGAUUAGACUACAGCAGAAAACUGUUGAAAAACUGGAGGUCACUAUUAAAAAUAUAAUGGUGGAUGCUAAUAUUGCCAAAGAACAUUUAGUAAAAGCAGAAAACGACUUGCGAGAGAUAAAGGAGGAAAACAGAUCUUUGAAUACCCUCUUAGACCAGCUGCAGGAGGACAAGAACAGGCUGACAAAGAAAGUGGAGAAAUUGGAGAAGACAGAGAAGAACACUGUUUUAGCAAAUGAGAAGAGAAGAACCACCAGCCCCUCUAAGUUGGAUGCAUUUGUCAAGACAUUAGAGGACGAAAGAGAUCAUUACAAGAGGGAAGCAGAUAAUCUGAGGAAGAUGGUCCGUGGCCGUAGUUGUAGCCCUAAGCGUACUCCCGCCCAGCUUGAACCUGAACUUAAAAAAGCUGCCCAGGAAAGAGACGCCUUAAGAACCAUGCUGGAGAAAUAUGAGCGUCAUAUGGCAGAAAUCCAGGCUAAUGUCAAAGUUCUGACAUCAGACAGGGAUAAAACCAAUGUGCUGUAUGACAAGGCACAGCAAGAAGUAACACUGCUUCGAAAAGAGCUUAUACGAUCACCUAAGACACCAAAAGCAUGUGUUACAGCUCAAAGCAUCCUGCGACGAGUGGAAUCUGAAAGGGACAGUGCUAUUUCGGAUUUACGCAGGAUGACCACAGAACGUGACAGUCUGAGAGAGAGAUUAAAGAUUUCACAGGAGACAUCUAUUAAUGACAGAGCUCACCUGGAGCAAAGAGUGGAAGAACUGCAAUCAUCAAUUCGAAUAAUGGAAAAUGAUUGUGGCGACCACAAAUCUAAGAUUUCUAUAUUAAAAGACACAGUGUCCUCCUUGGAGAAUGAAAUUAAAAUUCUGACUCAGAGAGCAAGGGAAGCUGAAAGUGAACUGAUCCAACGCAAGUCACAAUGUGACUCACUGAGGUUAUUUAAUGAGAAAACCGAACAUUCAUUUGAAGAAACUCAGCGCCGCCUAUCACUAAAACUCACUGAACUGCAAUUGGCACAAGAAAAGAUUGUAAAACUGGAGGAUAAAACAGCUGAACUUACAAGCCAAAGUCUCUCUCAGCGAGACGAACUCUCCAUCUUCAAGGCAACUAUUUCUCAGUUGAACACUGAAAAAGAUUCCUUCAUCUACAGUUUGGAUCAGAAGGCUGCAAACAUUUCUUCACUUGAGAAGAGCAUUUCUAUAAAAGAAAGCACCAUUGAAAGCUUGAGGAGUGCGCUUAGUGAAAUGGAAGAUUCUGCACGGCAAUCUGUGAAGACUGUGAGCAGCCAGGAGCAGGAUAUAAGCAGGUUGCGCCGGCAGAUAGAUGACAUCAGUGAUGAGCUUACUCGUACAGCAAGAGACAGGGAGCUUCUAUCUCAGGAAAAAUCACACCUUCAAGACCAGCUGUCUAAGUGCAAAAUGGAGAUACAGAAUCAAGAUCGCAAGUUGAAGGAAUUCCAGGAUGAACUGGAAGACGCAAAGCUGAAAUACGAAGGUUCUCUGUCUGAUAUUGCACGACUGGAAAGUGCCAUUGGAUCCAAAGAAAAGGAGGCUCGAGAGCUUUUGGACAACUGUCACCGAACCAACACACAGGCAGGAAUCUGGGAGAACAAGUCUCACCAGCUGGAAACGGAGUGUAGAUCUGUAAAACUAGACCUUCGCAAUGCAGAGUCCGAGUGUCGGAGGCUCAAGGAAACAGUUGAUUCGCUACAAAUGGAGAUUGAUCACCAUGUAACCACUGAACAGUCCUACAAAUCUCAGAUAAACAGCUUAAACAAGGCUGCCUCAAAGAUGGAAGGAGAAGCACAUCAGAUUAAAACUGAGAAGAGUACUGUCCUCAAUGACUUGGCAUCUACACGAGAGCUGUGUGUUAAGCUUGAUUCCAGCAAAGAACUUUUAAACAGGCAGCUCAGUGCUAAAAUUCAGGACAUGGAGCAGCUUCAGAUGGAGCUGGAAUCCACUCGAUCAGAGCUAGAACUCCUGAGAAAGCAACUAGCAAGCGAAAGAAUUGCUAUAAAGAAUCUGGAGUCUCUGCUGUAUGGCAACCAGGAAAAAGAAUAUCAAUCAAACAUGCGGGCCAAAGAGUUGGACUCAGAACUUCAACAUCUCCAAGAAAAACUAAUUUUGACAGAGAGCAAGCUUGGAAACCAAGGACGAGAAACUGGCCAUUUAAAAAACAAGCUGGCCCAGCAAAGUGCUGAACUUGAAUUAACAAGGAGACACCUGUCUACUGAACAAUUUGAAAGGGAACGUGCAGUAAAGGAACUUCAGCGGCACUCUUAUCCAUUUCAAACAAGCUCUUUCUUAAAAAACUCUCCUUCAAGGAGUCCUUCAAGGCUCUCACCAGGUCGUUCCUUUCAGUCUCCUGAACGCCGCUCCAGGUCUCCUGGAAGAUCCCUUGAAAGGAGUCCAAUAUUUAGACAUUUCUAGAUAUCCUGAAAGAAAGCACCAAAGAGUUAACGACUUGGAAUACACACCUGAUUAUCACAUAGCUUGGAAUCCAAUAAAUUAAUUCCAUAGGUUUGUCCAAUAUUGUGAUCUUUAUCAAUUCAGAAAAAGUAUUUAUAUGGGUGACCACUGUGAAAAUGCUCUGCAGAAAUCAUAUCAUAAACUAACACAAUUCCAUAGGUUUUUAUUUAUUUAUUUGUUAAUAUAUUUAUAUGUGAGCGAGUGCUUAAACGCAUUAACAGAAAAAGUAAUAAACAAGUGAAAACUAAAUGUAUAAUUAAAUGUGACAAUCCAAAAGGUAAUAUUUUUAAAUACAU